AUUGACCGUGUACCUUGCGUUAAAACACCUAGACCAUUGGUGGGAUACGACUACGAGAGAGGAAUACCCUCUGAUAUUUGAACCGGUGCGGUGUUUAAGCAUCCGAGUAAUGUAAACUUGGGUCAGUGUAGAAUUUUGUUUAGUGAAAGUAUGUUCAACUUAUCCGUUUGCAGUUUCAUUUACGAGUCGAGAAUAAUCAGUUCAUUCCUCUCAUUACAUAAUCGACGUAUAUUUGUUAUUCAUUAAGCGGGCAUGUCAUAUUUCCUGGAGCGUAUGUGUCGGUGUCGCCGAUAAACGUUUCGUCGUUUUUAUGAAAACUUCCGAUUAAAAGGUUUUCACUUAUUAAGAGUGAUUUUCAUCGAGAAAAAUCACUGGUUCGGUGCUCGGUGUUGUGAUGUGUAUAGGUACCUAUUUCGAACGUGAGACGACUUGAGAAUUAUUUUCUUAAACGUUUAUUGGACGUCUUGUUUCCGUACUUUGAAAAUAUGUUGCUAUCGUCGUUGAAAGUUUGUAGAACUGUGUUAUGGUCGUGUUUUUAUUUAAUAUUUCUAAUCUACGGUGCACAUUCUUCGAAUAAAACCGAAGAUGCAGACCUGCACCCGGCUACGUUAUUAGGCCAAAGAGCCGCCCAAUUGAUAAAAAAUCGUUUGCUUCGAAGACAAGAAAGGAUACAGCUGCGAUCUCGAGAAGUAUGCUAUGAUAUGGUUGGUUGCUUUCCGAUGCCUCGAUCUCAAAUUUCUCCGCUGAAGAAACCUCCACAACCUCCUGAAGCUGUUGACACGAAAUUCAUACUCCUGACUAGGAAUUUCAUAGAAACCAACAUCACCAAUUUGCUGAAAUACGGCGAUAACCAGAAGUCGUUACUUGAUGCGAAUUUAGACAUUUCGCUGCCAAUAAAACUGAUUGUUCAUGGAUUCAAAGGAAGUGGACAGGAUAGAGGAGCGAUAGAAAUAGCUACUUCUUUUUUAGAUGUGGAAAAUGCGAAUAUAGUGCUUGUGGACUGGCAUAAAGGAGCUGCAGGUCCUUCGUAUAUUUCUGCAGCAGCCAAUACUCAGCUAGUAGGAAGGCAGUUAGCGUUGUUGAUAAUGGAACUGUUAUCUCACGGUGCAGAUGCAUCUCAAAUGCAUAUUAUAGGAUUUAGCCUUGGAGCUCAUAUAGCAGGUUACGCCGGACGAGCCAUACAAAAAGUUCGCGUUAAAAUUGGAAGAAUAACAGGAUUGGAUCCAGCAUCGCCGUUAUUCAGGGAAUUACUUUCGUCGUCGUUAUCUCCGUUGAAUAAAAAUGAUGCUAAAUUUGUCGAUAUUAUUCAUACCGACGGAGCUCGAUUUCUGACCGAAGGACUCGGCAUAUUUAAGCCGAUCGGUCAUGUGGAUUAUUUUCCAAAUGGAGGAUUUGAUCAGCCUGGCUGUAAUCAUGUUAGAGGGGCGGUUUUAGUCAGUCAUCUUGGAAAUUCGCUGAAUACGAGCUUGGUAUGUAAUCAUUUACGAGCUUGGCAAUUAUUUCUGGAGAGUUUGAAAUCGGAAAAAACCGGUUGCGAAUUUUUCUCUUUUCCUUGUCCCGGUGGCUGGAACAGUUUCGAGAAAGGAAAUUGUUUUCCGACUGACUGCGCUGAUCAAUCUUGUGGUAAAAUGGGUUAUCAUGCAGCUGAGUCCAGAUUCCUAGGACCUUUAUUCUUAGCAACGAGAGAUUCUAGUCCGUUCUGUGGUCAUCAACUGAAAGCUUCGGUUCUUUUAUCGAAAGAAAUGGCCAGUUUACGAGCAUACAUGCAACUUUCUCUUCUGACUGAACAGGAUAAUACUCAUUUUCAGCUUUACUCAGACUUUCGCGAUGAAUUACAAGGUGGAUAUAUCCUACAUGGCAUAGGUACUGCUCCAUUCGGCGCGAUACAUCCAGAAAAAACACCAUCACUUAUCGUCCAUAUUAGUUGUUAUAAAUUAGCUCAAAAACAAACAACAAAAAGAAGUGCAAUCCAGAAUUACGUAGCAAUAGACGAAGUAGUCAUACGAGAUAUUUAUGGUCAUUUUUGGCGGUAUUAUAAUAUCAGCACACCUUUGUAUAAUGUGAAUGGAACUAACGUUGAAGCAGUGACAGUUGAACUGCAAUUAACUAACUGAUGUCUUUAGAGCAGAAUCAAAUCGAAUAUCGAUGCAGUAUUUUUUGUUUUUUUUUUAAAUAAUAACUUUUUUCGUGAAUAUUAUUCCUAUCUAUUUCAUUGUUUUAUAUUUACAUACCAAUAUAAGUACUAUUUUUUUCAUUCGUGUAUGUAGUUGUAGAAUUAGAACAAUAAUAGGAUGAAAUAAUUACACAUUCAUUAAAGAGUCUAGAUGUGCUACUCUAUUAGAAAUAUGUACGUAGGUACCUAGUUUCAUUUUUUUUUUUUUUGAAUAUUUUUAAUCCCAACAUUUUAUGUAAAUAUGAAUCAUUUUUGUACUGUGAAAUUUAAUUUAAGUAACUGUGAUGUAAAAUAUUAAUGUUACACAAUUGUGAGAAUUAUUCAUUUUUUUAAAUCGCAUUUUGUAACUAUUAAGGUAAACCUAAUGUACUAGGUAAUUUUUGAAAACUGAUGUGUUAACACAGGUAAGCUGAAUCGAAUUGAUGAUGAUGAUGUAAUGAUGAAUUGAUGGUGAAUUUAUAAAUGUACGAUAGUUGAUGAAUUCCUGUUAUACCUAGAUGUAUGUAUUUAAAUCAAAAGGAAUCGUCUUAAUGCAGUUCCAAAAUCUUUUAUUAAUAAAAAAAUAUUUCGAUGUU